GCGCUGAGAGUUUGUGUGCAGCUAGCCCUGGCUGCUGCCGCUGCCUCGUCCGGACUUGGCGAGGACUUGGGAGGGACAGCGGCGCUGGGAGGUGGCUUAGCAGAGACUUUCCAGCAACUGCUGCCCAGGACUCUCUCUCUCUCUCUUUUUUUUUUCUCCUUUUUCCCAGGAGGCGGCGACGGCGGCGGCGGGGAGAGAGGAAAAGAAGGAAGCGUCUCCAGUUUGAGCCAAAGCAGCUCUUCGGCUCUGCGGGAGGAGCGUCCCAGCCCUGAUGAGCCCCCUCCGUGUGUCCCCGACAGUUCUCCGGCGGGAGUGUGCAGCGGGGCCCAACGCGGACGAUCGCCGCUGACUUGCUCUUGGGGGUAGGAUGUGGUGAAAGAAUGGGGUUUCUCCCUUCCGGGGGUCACAAUGGCCAGAGAAGAUUCCGUCAAGUGCCUGCGCUGCCUGCUCUACGCCCUCAAUCUGCUCUUCUGGUUAAUGUCCAUCAGUGUGUUGGCAGUUUCUGCUUGGAUGAGGGACUACCUAAAUAAUGUUCUGACUUUAACUGCAGAAACAAGGGUUGAGGAGGCUGUCAUCUUGACUUACUUUCCUGUGGUUCAUCCGGUCAUGAUCGCUGUUUGCUGUUUCCUUAUCAUUGUGGGGAUGUUAGGAUACUGUGGAACAGUGAAAAGAAAUCUGUUGCUUCUUGCAUGGUACUUUGGAAGUUUACUUGUCAUUUUCUGUGUAGAACUGGCUUGUGGUGUUUGGACAUAUGAACAGGAAAUUAUGGUUCCAGUACAGUGGUCAGACAUGGUCACUUUAAAAGCCAGAAUGACAAAUUAUGGCUUACCUAGAUACCAGUGGCUUACUCAUGCUUGGAAUUUUUUUCAGAGAGAGUUCAAGUGCUGUGGAGUAGUGUAUUUCACUGACUGGUUGGAAAUGACAGAGAUGGAUUGGCCCCCAGAUUCCUGUUGUGUCAGGGAAUUCCCAGGAUGUUCCAAACAGGCCCACCAGGAAGAUCUCAGUGACCUUUAUCAAGAGGGUUGUGGGAAGAAAAUGUAUUCCUUUUUGAGAGGAACCAAACAACUGCAGGUGCUAAGGUUUCUGGGAAUCUCCAUUGGAGUGACACAAAUCCUGGCCAUGAUUCUCACCAUUACUCUGCUCUGGGCUCUCUAUUAUGAUAAAAGGGAGCCUGGCACAGACCAAAUGAUGUCCCUGAAGAAUGACACGACUCAGCACCUGUCAUGUCACUCGGUGGAACUGUUGAAACCAAGCCUGACGAGGAUCUUUGAACAUACAUCCAUGGCAAACAGCUUUAAUACACACUUUGAGAUGGAGGAAUUAUAGAGGAUGUGAAAAAAGGAAACAACAAGUUUAUUUUAUUUUACUUGUGAAUUUUUGAGCACACAAUUGUUUCAGAAAUGUGUAGAAAUAAAAAUGUUGCCAUGAAACAAUGCCUAAGCAUGUAAUUUUGUACCCUUUAAAAUGAAGAGGGAAAAGUUCCAUAUAUUGUGUCACCACCUGGACAAUAGUUGAUACCCUUUAUAAUGCUGAGGACAGAUCUAAUACCCACUUUAUAGCUUGUGUAAGAUUUUUACUAAACACAGUUAUGCUUUGGUACAGAUUGACCAGUAUUUCUGCAUGUAAAUGAGCUGUGGUGGCAGUGAACUAUACAGUACAGUUUGAUUUACUUCCGUAGGCUUGCUAGUAUAUAAAGCACCAAUUAACUGGUAACAGGGAGUUAGACAGUACUAAUGAUUUUUAUUUCUUGGUGAUAUAUUCCUUUGAGGGUAAAAUAGAUUAGACAUAAGAAAACUCUGAAGAUUGGUGGCUACCUAAAUGUGAUUUUUGCUAGUUACUAAAAUAUUCUUACUACUUACAAGAGCAAACUAAUACAUUGUCUUAAACUGAUCAGGGAUCUAUGUGUAUGUGAGAGUCUGUGUUAAGUCUGUAUAAUUCAGUAGAUUUUAGUUCUUGUAAUGUUAAUAACAAUUGUGAAAAGAAUAAAUUUGAUCUCUAUAACACCAUUAUUUUUAACCUUUCCUAUUAAUUGAGUUUUAAAAUUCUGUCUUGGUUUUAUAUUACACACACAACUGUUAAUUUAAAUAUUUAACCACUAAUUUUGAAAAAUUGCUAGUGUGUUACAAAGGAAUCAUUAUAAUUCAGAAUGUAGUCUGGUCUCCAGGGAGCAUUAACAAGAAAGUUUACACAUAACUUGGUUCAUUUAACAAAGACUUGGAUACUAUCUUUCUCCCAAACUCACUCUUUUUGACACUAAACAUUUUUUUUAGAGAAGCUUAUCUUUGCCUUCUCCAAACAAUAAGCAAGGGACAGUAUCCAAGUCUGAAUAUAAUCCUACAGAGAACAGUAUUACCUUUAUCCAGCAAAAUGCUGUGAGAACCAUAAAAGUAAGUGACAACUAGAUAAUUUCUUAGCUUUAUUUCACUGAUUAGGAUACUAUGGUGAAUUACACAGAUUAUUAAAUUUUUACAAGAGUAAAAUAUAUUUAUUUGAAAUGGGAAAAGUGCAUUUUACUGUAUUUUGUGUAUUAUGUUUAUUUCUCAGAAAAUGGAGAGAAAAGUAAAACUUGUCAAUAAAUAUUUUCUAGAGA